AUGGAUCCAAGCGAUCCAAUUUCAUUGGGCGCAAAGAUUGGUAUUGGUAUAGGUGCAUUGGUUGCCCUUAUUGGGGUUGCAGGAUUUUUCAUUUAUAAAAAAAUUCGUUCUCACGAUGAUGGCCAUUCUAUUGCAACUCCUGGAACGUCAUAUACAGAAUAUACGGAAUAUACAGAGAUGAG